UAGUGGUCCGUAGACGACGUCAAAUUACAUUUUACCUGCGCUAGCAAAAACAUGAGUGAAUUAUUUUAACACCAAAAUACUAUUUUCGCAAUAAUGAAAGGUGAAAGUCCCUGUAUUGGCUUGCAGUGAUGGCUGGAGAGGUCCACAACAAGGGUGUGGCAUGGGAUAACUUGAAUGGCUCCCUGACUCCAGUGGACCGUCUCCGUAAUGAGAGGUCUGACAGCCCCACACCGGGCCUGGUGGAGGGGACAGAACCAGGUGCCGGCCAGCAGAGUGCCAUGUUUGUCCAUUCCCAGUCAUUUGAGGACUUGACUGCUGAAAGUGAGGAGCAGACUGAGACAGAGCUCAAUAAAGGCUCUGAUCAGGUGGAUUUCGGGGAAUGUGCAGAGGAGAUACAGACCGUGUUGGCAGGAGAGUAUGUUCAGGAGGAGCCUCUUGUGAAGGUGCAGAAGGAACGGAAUGAGGAGGAACAACCUGAAAGCAGAAUUAAAGAGGAGGAUGUGUCAAGCGAGGCAUGGCGUAGCCACAGAAAGCAUGUGUUUGUGCUGAGCGAAGCUGGUAAACCCAUCUACUCGCGCUAUGGCACAGAGGAGGCCCUCUCUAGCACCAUGGGGGUCAUGAUGGCACUGGUCUCAUUUGUGGAGGCUGGGAAGAACAUCAUCCGGUCCAUCCAUGCAGAUGGUUACAAAGUGGUGUUCCUUCGUAAGAGUCCUCUGGUUCUGGUGGGUGUAUCGCGUACCCGUCAGUCGGACCGAGAGCUGACCCGUGAGUUGCAGUACAUCUACUACCAGAUUGUCAGCCUGCUCACCCUGACCCAGCUCAACCACAUCUUCCAGCAUAAACAGAACUACGACCUGCGCCGCCUUCUGGCCGGCUCUGAACACCUCACAGAUAACCUGCUUCGUCUGCUGGAACGCGACCCAGGCCUGCUCCUCAGCGCUGUAACAUGCCUCCCGCUGGCCAGCUCCGUCCGGGAUGUUGUGUCCUCCAGCCUGCAGGCCGCCAAAGCCAAGAACCUGGUCUUCUCCAUUCUGCUGGCGGGAGACCGCCUGGUCACCUUGGUGCGUAAAAAGGACCAGUUCCUGCACCACAUGGACUUGCAUUUACUCUUCAACCUGGUGGGAUCUUCCACCUCUUUCCGUGAAGGCGAAGGAUGGACGCCUAUCUGCCUACCCAAGUUCAACACAGCAGGCUUCUUCCACGCCCACAUCUCAUACCUAGAGCCGGCUUCUGAACUCUGCUUAAUCCUGGUCUCCACGGACAGGGAGGACUUCUUUAAUUUGUCUGACUGCAAGCGACGCUUUCUGGAGCGUCUGAGCAAACGCAGUGCCUACCAGACCCUGAAGGAGGCGCUGAAGAGCCCAAGCUACUCAGCAACCCAGGUCGGCAUUCCAGAACUCAGGCACUUUCUUUAUAAGUCAAAGAGCUCGGGUCUCUACACCAGCCCUGAGCUCCCCAUGCCAUACCAAUCUGAGGAGGAGCAGGAAAGGUUGAUGGGACUGUACCAGUACCUGCACAGCCACCUGCACCACCCAACUCAUCCGCUCCGCUCCAUCUACCACUGCGGAGAGACUGAAAACUUGUUUGCCUGGGUAACAAGUGGCUUUGAACUGUACCUCUGCUUCAGUCCCUUGGGGACCAAGGUGCUGGCUGUGUCUGCUGUUAAUAAGCUUCUGAAGUGGAUCAGGAGGGAGGAGGACCGACUCUUUAUCCUCAGUCCCUUAACAUACUGAGCCCUCACCCAAUUGACCUAGUAUUUGAUCUGCUGAAAGAGAAGCCCCACUGAAAGUAGGGUCUGAUUGAAGAGGCUGGACUGCUGCAACUAUGAAGCUUGAGUCAUUCUGGUCUGAUGCUCAGACUGCAAAUAGCAAUACAAUUAGUGAACUGUAGUCCGUCAGUUAGUAGUCAUCAACAGGAUUAAAUCAAUGAUGGCAGGGAUGAAUUUUAAGUAUAAAAUCACUGCAUUUUUACUGAGAUAGAUGAUCAGUUGCUGCAUGAUAAAGUAACCAUGCAGCAACCAUUUUAACUAACAGGAAGUCUCAUCAUUGAUGCUACUUCAUGUCUCAAUUAAAAUAGACCUGUCCCUGUUUAGAAACAUUUUUUUUUUAAUCAUCAGUACACUUGAAACACUGUAAUAACUGUAGAUUUUAAAAAGAAAAUAGUACUUUUAUAAGUGGUUUUGAUUUUAUUGAAUCUUUUUGUUUUUUUACCAAGAUGCCAAAGGGGAUUUUUGUCAGGAGCUUCGAUGUUUCUGUUCGCACAAUUAUAUAAAUAAAAGGAGACUGAUAGGAGAUUGAUCUCCCGUUGACCAUUCACUGUGGUCCUUUUAGCGUAAUUGCACUUGUGUUCCUGCUAAUUCCAGUCUUUCUUAUCUGAACACUGAAUAGUGAUGUAAAAGCAUUCUAAUUAAA